AUGUUCUGCACCGUCGCUCUUGACGUCGGUGCAUCACUUGAGAUCCCAACGUACUACUUCUUUACCUCCGGCGCCGCUUGCCUCGCCUUAUUCCUCUACUUCCCAACCAUCCACGGUAACACUACUAAGAGUUUAAAAGACCUUGAUAGCCAUCUUCACUGCCCUGGCAUUCCACCGGUCCAUCCCUUGGAUGUCUCCAAACCAAUGCUAGAUCGUACCGAUAAGGUGUACGAAGAUCUCUUAGACUUCUUUUCGCGAUUGCCGGAAUCAAAAGGGGUUCUUGUUAACACGUUUGAAGCAUUAGAGCCUACACCUCUGAAAGCGAUAUUGGAUGGACACUGUGUCCCACACCGUCCAACACCGCCGGUUUACUGCAUCGGACCAUUGAUUGCGGAUCGAAAAGGAUCCAAUGGCAGUGGCGGCGGCGGCCGUGAUCCUUCUGCCACCGUAGAUUGCUUGACAUGGCUUGAUUCUCAACCGAUUCGAAGCGUUGUGUUCUUGUGUUUUGGAAGCUUGGGGUUGUUCUCUGCAGCACAGCUGAAGGAGAUCGCUAUAGGGUUGGAGAAGAGUGGGGAAAGAUCGGACCAAGGACAGGGGCCUCGUGGUAAAGCUCUGCGCCCCACAGGUGGAAGUACUGAGUCGAAAAUCGGUGGUGGUUUCGUAACUCACUGUGGUUGGAACUCGGUGUUGGAAGCAAUUUGUGCUGGUGUACCUAUGGUGGGGUGGCCCCUCAAUGCCGAGCAACGGUUGAAUCGGAUAUUUCUCGUGGAAGAGAUGAAGUUGGCUUUGUCGAUGGACGAGUCGGAAGGUGGGUUCGUCAGUGCUGCAAUGGUGGAAAAACGGGUUAAGGAGUUGUUGGGAUCGGAGAAAGGGAAAGUACUUAGAGAGCGCACCUUGGCAAUGAGAGAUGCUGCAAAGGCUGCCAUGGCUGAGGACGGGUCGUCUAGAGUAGCGUUGGCCGAGUUAUGGCGUCGAGGGUGGAAUCGGAUAAUCAACAGGGAGAUUAACAGCAUGACUGACUCCCUGGCCCGAAAGGCUAAGUUCGCUGUGGGUCAGACUUCUUGGUCUAUUUCCAUUCCUUGA